GAGGGGGAAACUGGGAGAUGUUGGGAGGGGGUGGGGCUACGUAACCUGUGGGUGGGGCCAGUGAUGACAUCGUCUUUACGGACCAGUUACCUGACAUCCUGCACAGAAGAAGAAGAAGAAGAAGAAGAAUAAGUUAACCCACUGAGAGCCCUGCAGAAGCCAGACUGAUGAAGAGAACCUGCUGUGAUCCGGAUCCGUUAACAGUGAAGAGAAACCUGCAGACUGCAGCACAGGGAGGAGGAGCUCACAGGCUGAUGUGGUUCUCCUGUGCUGGUCUCAGUCUGUGGACUCACUGCAGUCCUGCAGAGCUGCUGCAGGCUCGUGUGUCCACACUUUGACUGACGUUUGGCCCAUUUGAUCUGCUGGGACUCAGCUGGCAGGAGGAGCAGGAACUGUGGUGUGACCAGGACCGGACUGCAGACCCUGCUGGAACCAACAAGCAGCUGUUGCGCUGACGUCGUGAUGCUCAUCACAUGAUCUUCAUGAUCAGUCUGUAAUCGAUACACGAUCAAUGACAGCAUCAGCAGUUUUGGUUGACAGGUGUCAGUUACCUGCCAGUGUGAGCGUUCUCUCUGUUCGACCAGAGCUCACCUGAAAACACACACAGCAGAACAUAAGAGAACCAGGAGAACCGGGGGCAGAUGUGUCACUCACUGUGCUGCAGCUGGUCUGACUGGUCAGAUUGGGAUGAACUGGAAAUACAAAGACACGUGUUAACAGGACUCGUGCUCUCAACCUCUGGCUCGGGGCCCAUCUGAGGUCGCUGGAUCAGCAAAUGAGCGCCUGACGGCGGAGCAGAUGGAUGAGCAGAGGAUCCAGAAUGUGGCCUAUCAGUACCUGUGCAGGCUGGAGGAGGCCAAGAGGUGGAUGGAGGCGUGUCUGGGGGAGGAGCUUCCUGCUCCCACCGAGCUGGAGGAGGCGCUGAGGAACGGAGUCCUACUCGCAAAACUGGGCCAUCGAUUUGCUCCCAACGCCGUGGCUCUGAAGAAGAUCUACGACCUGGACCAGCUCCGGUACCAGGCGGUGGGUCUUCAGUUCCGGCACACCGACAACAUCAGCCACUGGAGGAACGCCUUGACGAGGCUCGGGCUGCCAGCGAUCUUUCAUCCAGAAACUACGGACAUCUACGACAAGAAGAACAUGCCGAGAGCAGUUUACUGUAUCCACGCGCUCAGCCUGUACCUGUACAGACAGGGUUUGGCUCCACAGAUCCACGACCUCUACGGAAAAGUGAAGUUCACAGAUGAGGAGAUCAACAACAUGAAGUUGGAGUUGGAUAAAUAUGGAAUCCAGAUGCCAGCAUUCAACAAGAUCGGAGGAAUUCUGGCCAAUGAGGUGUCUUUGGACGAGGCUGCAGUCCAUGCGGCCGUGAUUGCCAUCAACGAGGCGGUGGAGCGAGGUGACGUGGAGGCCACGGCCGCCGCUCUGAGGAACCCUAACGCUCUGCUCCACGAGCUGCAGGAGCUGCUGAUGAGCGUCUAUCAGGAGAUGCUGCAUCAGAGCAAAAGAAGGAAAGAGCAGCAGGCGGCCAACAGGUGUGGAGGUCAGGAGGACAAAGAUAUCUAUGAGGAGUUUCUGACUCAGAAAGAAAUCCAGGACAACAUCAACACUGUCAACGUCCGAGCAGUGGUGGAGCAGGUGGAUGAAGCUCUGGACUCUGCCGAUGAGCUCUCUCUGCUCGCGGCUCUGCAGAUGCCAUGUUUGUCCCUCAGGGGCCUCCGUACUGAGAAUGGGCCCUGGUACUUGGAGCAGCUGUCAGCCGACCGCCAGCAGAAGGCCCUGGACCAGGGCUGCGUGGAUCCUCUGGAGCCCGACGAGCUGCAGGAAGGUGUGACCAUCGCCAACCGGGAUGCUCAGAGGGCCCGGACCAUGCACGCGGCGGUGCAGAGUGUUAAUGCGUCGCUGCGUCUCGACGACCCCAGACACACAGUCAGCUGUCUGAUGACCUCUGACCUUCAGCUGCCUCAGGUGUUUCCAUUCGCUGCGACUCUUUACCACCGAGAGCUGCAGCUGCUGCAGAGGCGGACUCCACAGGGGGAGCUGCAGCAGGAGGAGCUGUUUGUUGCCGUGGAGAUGCUGUCAGCUGUUGCUGUCAUCAAUCAGGCCAUGGAGGCAGGAAAUCUGCAGCAGUUCAGCUCCUUAUUGGUCAGUCCGUCUGCAGGGCUGUCUGAUGUCGACCCCACCUUGUUGGACAGGUAUUUUAAGCAUCUGGUUGGUGUGAAGCAGCAGGUGGGCAAAGAUCUGCUGACCUGGAAUCAGCUGCAGGAAGGAAUUAACUCUGUGAACAACUCGGUGCAGGACGAACUGGAACAGCUGCUGGCUGUCAGUCAGAUUAACAAGGCUGUGAUCAGAGGAGACUCUCAGCAGCUGCUCUCUGCUCUGCUGCUGCCCUCUUGUGCUGUGGAUGAGGUUUUACCUGCCAACACCUGCCGAUACCUGACCCUGCUGACCAGAGCCAGGCAGCGUAAAGCUCAGGUGAGCGGAGACCCAGGAGCUGAGCUGUGGUUGGCCGAUAUCCAGGAGGUGGUGAGGAGAGCCAAUCAGGAGAGUCAAAAGGCUCUAAAGUUGUGUCUGUCUGUAGCUGCAGUGAAUCAGGCUGUCAGGGAGAAGCGAGCGGCUCAGACUCUUCGUGUCCUGACUCUGCCUGAGGUUCGGCUGCAGGGACUCGUCUCUGCCUGCGCUGCAGAUUAUCAGCAACGGCUGCACGGUUUGAUGACGGACAGGAUGCAGCGAGGAGACAACAGGAGUCCGUGGGUUCGAGUCCGGCUGGAUGACGGCUCCUUCUACUACUUCCACCUGAGCAGACUGGAGGGCAGCUGGGAGGAACCCAACGGCUUCACACACAACAGUGUGUUCCUCGACCGACAGCAGAUACAGGAAGUAGUCAGCAGUGUGUCAGGCUCAUACAGUCGCAGCGUCCUGUGGCAAAGCCGUGAAGCCUUCGUCGUUCGUCUGCAGGCUGUCUGUCGGGGUUUCCUGAUCAGACAGAAGCUGGAGGCUCGGCGGCGUUACCUGAUCAGUCAGACACCUGCCGUCAUCACCAUCCAGUCUCAUUGGAGGAGGUUUGUCCAGCAGGGGGUCUACAGGCGUCGGCUGCAGUUUCUCUACACGAACUGGAGAGCUGCUGUCAAGAUCCAGUCGUUUGUGAAGAUGUGGUUAGCGAGGAGAAAAUAUCGAGCUCGACUGAGUUUCUUCAGACGCAACGUGGGUGCUGUCAUAAAGAUCCAGGCCUUUUUCAGAGCCAACAAGGCUCGAGACGAGUACAGGAUGCUGGUGCACUCGGCCACGCCCCCCCUGUCUGUGGUCAGGAAGUUUGUUCACCUGCUUGACCUGGGCGAUGCUGACAUCAGAGAAGAGGCGGAGCUGCUGCAUCUGAGGGAGGAUGUGGUGAGGAGUAUCCGCUUCAACAGGCAGCUGGAGGCAGACCUGGACCUGAUGGACCUGAAGAUCGGCCUGCUGGUCCGAAACAGAGCCACGCUGCAGGAAGUGGUUUCUCACUGUAAGAAACUGACGAAGAAGAACAAGGAGCAGCUGUCGGACAUGAUGGACGUGGAGAGAAGUAAAGGACUGAAGGCUCUCAGCAGAGAGAGGAGGGAGAGACUGGAGGCCUACCAGCACCUGUUCUACCUGCUGCAGACUCAGCCGCUGUACUUGGCUCAGCUGAUCUUCUUGAUGCCUCAGAGUCGCUCCACCUCCUUCAUGGAGAUGUUGGUGUUCAGUCUGUUUAACUACGGCUCCGACCGUCGGGAGGCCUUCCUGCUGCUGCACCUGUUCACUGAGGCGCUGCGAUACGAGAUCAGGCUGAAGGUGGAGCAGCCUCAGGAGGUGGUCACGGGAAACCCCACCGUCAUCAAGAUGUUGGUGAACUUUUACCGUCACGCUCGCGGUCAGAAUGCCCUGCGGGAGUCCCUGGGUCCGGCCCUGCAGGACGUCCUUCUGGACCGAACUCUCAGCAUCAGGACCGACCCCGUAGAUGUCUACAAGACCUGGAUCAACCAGUCCGAGACCCAAACUGGACACAAGAGCUCUCUGCCGUACGACGUUUCACCUGCUGAAGCUCUGAGUCACCCUGAAGUCCAGAGACGCAUCGACAUCGCAAUCGUCAAUCUGAAGAACCUGACAGACCGAGUCUUCAAAGCCAUCACCUCCAACCUCCACAAACUACCGUAUGGACUACGCUACACGGCGAAGGUGCUCAGAGACGCUCUGGAGGCAAAGUUCCCUGAAGCCACUGAGGAGGAACUCUACAAGAUUGUUGGAAACCUGAUCUACUAUCGCUACAUGAACCCGGCCGUCGUGGCUCCGGACGGUUUUGACGUGGUGGACCGUUCUGCCGGCUCCGCCCUGCAGCCGGAGCAGCGUCACAUCCUGGGCUCCAUCGCCCGCAUGCUGCAGCACGCCGCUGCCAACAAGCACUUCCACGGAGACGGAUACCACAUCAGGGCUCUGAACCAGUACAUCAGUCAGACUCACAGCAAGUUCAGGAAGUUCCUGACGUGUGUUUGUGACGUUCCUGAACCAGAGGACAGAUUCAACAUGGACGAGUACUCCGAGGUGCUCAUCGUCCACAAACCUGUCAUCUACAUCUCUGUCAGCGAGCUGCUCAACACACACAAGCUGCUGUUGGAGCACCAGGAGGUCUUGUGUCCGGACCCCUCUGACCCCCUCAGGUUGCUGCUGAAGGACCUCGGCUCGGUGCCCACCCUGCAGGAACUCGCUGGUACUACGCCUGCCGCUGCAGGAGAAUCUUCAUCAGCAGAUCCAGGAUCAGAGUCCAGCAAGAUGGAGGUUUCUCUGACUCUCACCAACAAGUUCGACAUCUUCAACGAGUCUGACGGCAAGCUGGAUGCCAGAGGACUGCUGCUCAGCACGAAGCAACUGAUCAUUGAUGUCAUCAGGACUCAGUCAGGUGACUCUCUGAGUGACAUCCUGAGAGCAUCUGCGUCACGUGACCAGGAAGUGUGUCACGAUUGGCUGAUGCACCGGCGUGCUCGGCAGGACGCUCGUACACCUGAUAAGAUGAAGAGGAACCAGUCACUGGUUGCCAAUGGCAACCUGAGCUUAGAAGAGAAGAAGAGAAAGAUCCUAAGGAGUCUUCGUCGUCUCGAGGGACUGGGAGUCUUGAGACCACCUCAGACUGAAAGCCAGAUCCUGCAGAUGAUCGCCAAGGACAUCCGUCAGCAACGCCUGCACCGUCAGCGCCGAGGGGCGGAGCUUCAGAAGCUCCGUCAGACUCUCAGCAGCCUGCACACAAAGAGCCGCUUCCACAGUGAACAGGUGGACUACUACAGACAUUACAUCACUUCCUGCCUGGACAACCUGACCGUCGACAGUAAAUCGACCAAUAAGAAGGCAGCAGACAGCAAAGGGAAGAAGAAGCUUCCUGCUCUGAGCUACAGCGCCGCCCGACUGCAGGAGAAAGGAGUUCUGUUGGAGAUCGAAGACCUGCCUGCUACACAGUUUAAGAACGUCAUCUUCGACAUUGUUUCUGGGCCAGAGAAAGGAAGUUUCAAAGUUAAAGCUCGAUUCCUCGGAGUCGAGAUGGAAGAGUUUGUGCUCAAAUACCAGGACCUGCUGCAGCUGCAGUAUGAGGGCGUGGCGGUGAUGAGGAUGUUCGACAAGGCGAAGGUCAACGUCAACCUGCUCAUCUUCCUCCUCAACAAGAAGUUUUUCAAGAAAUGAGCACUCCUGCCGGGUUACAUAUCUCACUGCUCAUCUGUUCCUACACACUCCUAUGAGCUACAGAGUGAAGCAUCUUUACACUCCUAUCUUGGGUUUCUCGUGUCUUCCCUCACACCAAAUAUUGACUGAUAGAACUUUAUCAAGCUUUAUUGGCAUGAAUGUUAUUACCAGACCUCACUUACUUGUUACUCCAUUUUAAUAAGAGAUUAUUGCUACUACACUACUUUAAACAAAGUGAAGCAUCUUCUUUAUGCUCCUAUCUCUGUUUUUUCUGUCUCACUACAGUUUGUUUCUUUAUCCAGUUUUAUACAUAAUUCUCAGAGUGAAGCAUCUUCACUACACUUUUAUCUUUGAAUCUCAUUCUGAGCUUCCUGGAACGUAAACAGAGUGGGAUGUCUUCUCUACAUUGUCAUCAGCUGUCCUGAUACCUGAUCAGUUAAAUAAUCAAUAAUUGUAAAUAUUUUCUGUCUGCUAGUUUUACUUUAGUGAGAGAAAAGAGAAAACUUUUAAAUGUGUCUGAAUUGUCUGAAUGUUUUUACUCCAAUAAACAUCUGAAAGCUC